GAGAGGAAGGGGCAAUAGGAAUGCAGCUGUGUGUAGCAUUAAGCUACAAGAGAACCAUCAAAAAUGUGAUUAAAGAGUGAAUGAACUCCAUAGACUGAGAGGACACACGUUACUAAGUAGUUACACUAAAGAUAAGGACACCAUCCAGCCUUCCAAACCUUGGUGGGAAACAUGGAGAAUGAUGAAGAACAAAGCUUGGAACGUCUGAUAGACGGACCCUUGGUUACAUGGAUCCGCACCUUUGAGGGAGGCCAAGGGAUAGAAGAUGGGACUUUCUACUCCACCAGAGACCCUCGUAAAGAGUUCAUACGGUUAACGGAAGGGCGACUCCUUCACUACAUCAUGAGUAUAAUUGACUCACGGCCAUACCGGGAGAACAUGGAUCUGUACGGCCUUAAAAAGCAACUGCGAUCAUUCUACGAGGAAGAGCUCCAGCAGUUAAUCCUGAUGCAGCUACCUGACAUCUCACUGAUAUUGCAAGAGCCAUUCACAGAUGGCGCUGUGCAGGAAAUGGAGAAGCUGGUCUCUUUGUUGCUUGGGGCUGCAGUCCAGUGCGAUGGGCGAGAGCAGAUCAUUUCUGGCAUCCGAAGGCUCAAUCUGGAUUCACAAACCAAACUGGCAGAGAAAAUACAGGAGAUGACUCAGGAUUCUCAGAAGAUGAUAGCAUGGCCAGUAACGGAAUUAUCUCACCUUUCUCACACUGAUCUGGAAGAGACUGUCUGCGUGUUGAGCAAUCACCUGCAAGAUGUCUUGAAACAGAGGGACAAUGCCCAAGAGCGUCUGUCUCUUCUCUGUUUUGAACAUCGGUCUAACGUAAUCCCAACUAAUGAUUCUGGGUUGCAAGGUGGAACCAAAAAUACGACUUCUGCUCCCCAAACUUGGCAGAAUCACUCGCUGCAAAUUGCUGAUCUACAGAGCAAACUACGCCGUGUGCGCCAGGAGCUGGAGGAAAAAGGGGAGGAGCUACUAGACAGCCAGCAGCAGGUGCAAGCGCUGGAGGAGGAGCUAAGGAAAGUGCAUCAGCAGGUUAGAGAGCUCUCGCCACUUGCCACUCUCUCUCGUAGUUACCGGGAUGAACUGGACUCUCUGAGAGAGCGCUCAUGGCGUUCUGAAACACAAGUUAAUGCUCUUACCGAAAGACUGCGCACCAUGGAGGUUUAUCAGCGAUCCCUUCAGGACGAGAGAGAGUUCUCAAGGUCAUUACUGGAGGAUAAGGAAGUGUUAGAACAUCAGUUAUCUGUGGAAAGAGAGCGCUCUGAGAGGCUGCGGAUGUGCGAGAAGGAGAAACACUCUCUGGAAGAGAGAAUGCAGAAACUUGAAAUGGAGAGAGACUCAGAGAGUCAGAGAGUCCAGUUUCUGCUCCAUGAUAACCUCACACUUGCAGAGGAGGUGAGAGUCCUGAGGGAAGAGGCAUCACGGGGAUGGGAGAGAGUGUAUGAGACAGAUGGUGAGACGCCACCAAGCUGGGUGAGGGACCACUAUACAGAUGGAGAGCCAGGAUGGGAAGGACUGCAAGAGACAGAUAAUGAAUUUUUGGAUCUAAGUUCUGAGCUGUCCCAUGUUCUUAUCCGACUGGAAAGAGACAACCACAAUCUGAGAGAGAGGCUACAGGCUCUUACAGGAGAAAAUGUGACUACAGAAAGCAAAACGUUGCCUGAGAAAUCAAAUAAUGAGCAGGAGAAAAAUGUACAGCCCUUGUACAUCUUAAAAGACUUAUGUGUCAGAGAGGAACCAGAUGGAGGAAGUUUGGGAGAAAGAGAGUGUCUUCAGGGAGAGGGAGAGCGAAAGAUGCAUGAGACUGCAGAAAAAGAACAGUCCCCAAAGAGAGAGUUAACAGAGGAUGCUGAAAAGAAACGAUCACAGAAGAGAGAAGAGUUAGAAGGAAGUAUUAAAAUGCCACAUAGCCGAGAGCUGGAAGACAAUACUAAAAGGAAGAUGCCACAUGUGCAUACGCAAUCACAGAAUAUGAUGAAGUAUUUACCAAGCGGACAGCUAAGAAGAGAUACAGAAGAGAUACAACAUGUAGAAAUGGAUGAGGAGGAGCACUUAGUGAAGAGUCAACUAGAAGAUGUUGGGAAAGAGCAAUUAAAAGAGAAUGCAUAUGAUAUAUGCUCACAGAAGAGACAGCUAGAAGAAAGUUCAGAUGGUGUGUGCUCCAAGGAAAGGCAGCUAGAAGAAAGGUCAGAUGGUUCGUGCUCCAAGGAGAGACAGCUAGAAGAAAGUUCAGAUGGUGUGUGCUCCAAGGAGAGACAGCUAGAAGAAAGGUCAGAUGGUGUGUGCUCCAAGGAGAGACAGCUAGAAGAAAGUUUAGAUGGUGUGUGCUCUAAGGAAAGGCAGCUAGAAGAAAGGUCAGAUGGUUCGUGCUCCAAGGAGAGACAGCUAGAAGAAAGUUCAGAUGGUGUGUGCUCCAAGGAGAGACAGCUAGAAGAAAGUUCAGAUGGUGUGUGCUCCAAGGAGAGACAGCUAGAAGAAAGUUUAGAUGGUGUGUGCUCUAAGGAGAUGCAGCUAGAAGAAAUGUCAGAUGGUGUGUGCUCCAAGGAGAGGCAGCUACAAGAAAGUGCAGAUGGUGUGUGCUCCAAGGAGAGGCAGCUAGAAGAAAGUUCAGAUGGUGUGUGCUCCAAGGAGAGGCAGCUAGAAGAAAGGUCAGAUGCUUCGUGCUCCAAGGAGAGGCAACUCGAAAAAAGUUCAGAUGGUGUAUGCUCCAAGGAGAUACAGCUAGAAGAAAGUUCAGAUGGUGUGUGCUCCAAGGAGAGGCAGCUACAAGAAAGUGCAGAUGGUGUGUGCUCCAAGGAGAGGCAGCUACAAGAAAGUGCAGAUGGUGUGUGCUCUAAGGAGAGGCAGCUAGAAAAAAGUGCAGAUGGUGUGUGCUCUAAGGAGAGGCAGCUAGAAGAACAUUCAGAUGGUGUGUGCUCCAAGGAGAGGCAGCUAGAAGAAAGGUCAGAUGAUGUGUGCUUACAUGAGAGACAGACAGAAGAAAGUGCAAUUGAUAUGAAGUCACAUGAGAGACAGCUAGAAGAAAGGUCAGAUGGUUUGUGCUCCAAGGAGAGGCAGCUAGAAGAAAGGUCAGAUGGUUCGUGCUCCAAGGAGAGGCAGCUAGAAGAAAGGUCAGAUGGUGUGUGCUCCAAGGAGAGGCAGUUAGAAGAAAGUUCAGAUGGUGUGUGCUCCAAGGAGAGGCAGCUAGAAGAAAUGUCAGAUGGUGUGUGCUCCAAGGAGAGGCAGCUAGAAGAAAGUUCAGAUUAUGUGUGCUCACAUGAGAGACAGGCAGAAGAAAGUGCAAUUGAUAUGAAGUCACAUGAGAGACAGCUAAAAAAAAGUGCAGCCAAUGUGAGGCCAUAUGAGAGACAGUUGAAAGAGUGUGACAAUGAAGUACAAUUACAUAUGGACAAGAUGGACAAAAGCGCUGGAGAUAAACAAUCAGUUCAGGAGAACUCUACAAUUGUUCAGUCUCUCAGACAACAGCUGGAAGUGAAAGAACAAGAAACACAUUCACAGCAGAGACAGUUGCAGGAGAGUGUUGAUGAAAUAAGAAAACUAAAGAAACAAAUCCAGGAACAUGCUAAAGAGAUAGACGCUUUAAACAGACAGCUGCAUGAGAAAGAGCAGUCCAUAAACAUACAGGCGGAAAAGUCUAUUGCAGAGAUUCAGUCCAUGAAUAGUCAGAUAGAUAAGUGCAAUAGAGAGAAUGAGAAACUGCUGAGACAUCUGCAAGAGAGAACUGAUGAAAUUCAGGCUAUAAAGGGACAGCUUCAAGAGACUGUAGAUGAACUAAAAAUGCACAAGAGACAGAUAGAAGAGAAAGCAAUGGAGUAUAAUCUUCUUAUGAAACAGCUGAAUGAAAAAGAAGAAAGUGAGCAGUCUCUAAAGAGACAUUUGGAAGAAAAUACUUUAGAUGUCCUGUCUAUCAGAAAACAGUUGCAAGGAGCUACCGAGGAGGGGCGUUCCAAGUCAAGACAGCUGGAAGAGAGAAAUGAGGAGGUACAAAGCUUGAAGGAACAGCUGAAAAGAACAGAAGAAGAGUCUCAUCAGAGACAGCUCCAUGAUGGUGCUGAACGGCAAACACUUAAGAGACAACUGGAAGAGAGAGCCUCUGAGAUACAGUCCUUGAAUCUACAGCUACAAGAAAAAAAGGAGCAGUCACUUAAGAGACAGCUGCAAGAGAGAACUGAAGACAUAGAAGCUCUACAGAUGCAGUUGCAGGUGGUAGGGGAAUCACACUCACUGAAGAUUCAACUGCAACAAAAUGCUGAACAGCUGCAGUCUCUUAUAAAACAGCUCCAGCUAAGUGCAGAGGAGGCAAAGAAAUCACACUCAAUGCUUCAGGAGAAAGAAGACGACAUAUGCACUCUUGAGAGACAGCUGCAAGAGAGUGCUAGAGAAAUAAAGUCACAGAAGUUGCAACUAGAAGACAGGACUGUGGAGGUACAGUUGCAGAAGAGACAGCUAGAAGAGAGUACUAUGGAAAUACAGUUGCAAAAGAGACAACUUGAAGAGCGCACAGAGGAGAUGAGAAAACUUAAGAGACAGUUGGAGGACAAGGACAGCAAGGAAAAUUCCCUGACAAGACAACUUACAGAGAGAGAGAGAUUUGAGGAAUCACUUAAGAGACAGCUGGAAGACAGUCUGACAGAUGUUAAGUCUCUCAGGAGACAGUUGCAAGAGAGUGAAUCCGAUAAAUUGUCAUGGAGAAGACAGCUUGAAGAAAAUGAAAAGGUCAAACUAUCACAACGAAUACAGUUGCAAGAGAGUGUUGAGGAAAUACGACUCCUGAAUAGACAGUUAGAAGAGCAGUCACUAAAAAGACAGUUAAAUGAGAACAAUGAGAUACGGUCAUUGAAGCAGGAGCUGGAAGCAAGUGCUAGAGAGAUACAAUCCAUGAAAAAACAACUGCAUGAAACGGAGGAAGAGACACUUAAGAGACAGCUUCAAGAAAGUGCUAAGGAGACUGAAGCUGUACAGAGGCAGCUGUCUGAAAGAGAGGAGUCAAAUUUGCUAAAGAGACAACUUCAAGAGAGCGUUGACCAAGCACAAUCUAUUAUGAAGCAGCUGAAAGUGAGCGGUGAUGAGUCAAAGACUUUGCAGAAACAACUUCAAGAAAGAGAAACAGAAAUACAUGCACUCAAAAGACAACUACAAGAGAGGGCUGAUGAGAUGCAGCUACAAAAAAGACAGUUGGAAGAAAGCAUGAGAAAUGACUACUUAUUAAGUAGACAACUGGAAGACAAAGAAGGUUGUGAGCAGUCACUUAAGAGACAGCUGGAAGACAGGAGUAAAUCUAUAGAAUCAUUGCAGAGACAAAUGAAUGAAAGUAAUUCACAGAUACAGUGUCUCAUGAGACAGCUUGAAUUGAGUGCAGAGGAGGCAAAGCAUUCACUAAGACUGCAUCAAGCAAGAGAGGGAGAGAUACAGACUCUUGAAAGACAGCUGCAAUCAAGAGCUGAGGAAAUGCACUUACAUAAGAGAGAGCUGAAAGAGAGCGCAGUUAGGGAACAGUCUCUCAAAAGACAGCUAGAGGAGAGAGAGGAGAGUGAGCAAGCCCUGAAAAGACAGUUAGAAGACAGCAUUAAGUUUGCUACAAUCCUGCAGAGACAGCUGCACGAAAGUAUUGCAGAUGCCCGUUCUUUUAAGAGGCCAUUUAAAGAGAGUGCCUCAGAGGAACCAUCACAAAAGAAACUUCUAGAUGAAAAACAAAGAGACAGAUUGUCAAAGGAAAGAGAGCUGCAGGAGGCAGAGCGGCUUAUCAUAAAGAGAGAGUUCAAAGAUUGCACUGUUGAUGAGAUGACAUUGAAGGAGCAGAUGGACAAGGGCAUUGUAGAUAUGAAGUCACUUAAGAGACAGUUGGAAGAGGGUACUGGUGAUGAUAUGACAUUGAAGGAAAAUCUGGGCAAGGAUAUUGUAGAUAUGAAAACAUUAAAGAGACAGUUGGAAGAGAGCUCAACACUCUCGUGUCCACGUUCUGUCAAUACCUCUGUAACAGCUUUUGAGUCUGUUCCUUCAUCUGACUCACCUGCCAUCUCUGGAUCUACUCUUGUAUCUGCCCCCUUUAUUUCUUCUCCCCCCAUAACUAUAUCCUCUCUCCAUCCUCUGUCUGUGCCAAUCUCUCUCCCUAAAGUGGGGCUCACUCCAGUUGCAGAAUCUAGAACUUCUUCUGUUUCCCUUCCACUGUCCUACAUCCCAGCAUCUGCUCCACUGUCUAGUCCUGAAGCUUCUCUGUCUUUACUGCUGAUGGAGCUACAGGGAGUACGCAUGGAAAGGAUGGAGGUGCAGGGACGAUGUGACUCCCUACUCAGGGACCUCCAGAGACAGGAAGCGGAGCUUGAGAGAGCGCAGAGAGAGCUGCGCAAGGGCAGGAAUGCUUUGAGGGUGCUGCGACAGGAGCACAGAGAACUGCAGGAAAGGUUCACACAGCUGUCUGUCCAGGGAGAACACGCCCACAAGGAACUACAGAGGAAACUGCAGGAGCAGGAGGGGAAGGUACAGGAACUUCAUUCGGAAAACCAGAGGCUGCAGGAUGAACAGAAAAGGCUGACGGAAGAGAUGUCUCGGAUGGACAAGAAAUCAGCGGAAAGGGCCACAGAGCUGAGAGAAGCAAAGAGACAGCUGGGAGUGGAAAAGAGAGAGAGGGAGCAGCUGGAAAGAGAGCGCAAUGAGCUGAGAGAGGGUGUUCAACGUUUAGAGAUUAGCAACACUGCACUUACAGAACAGUGCCAGGCUCUGUCUCAAGUGAAGCUGUCCAUUCAAGAUCAGAACAGUAUGUUGCUAUCUCAGAUACGUACGCUAAGCAAUGAGAAUCGCGAGUUAUUAGAGCGUAGUCUGCAGAGUGGCGAACUGAGACAAGAAGAAGAGAGACGCUACAGGGAAAAACUGAUGGAGCUGAAACACGAAAAACAGAAACUUCUGGAUAAGAUCAUGGAUCAAUACAGAGUACUAGAGCCAGCUCCUGCUAAUGUGCACAGGAGAGGUAACUGGAUUACUGAUAAGAUGAAAAGACUUCUAAAGGCACGGGACAGAUCUCCACGUGGUCCAGGAGAACCUCAUCGGGUCCUCCACCCAGCUGAAGAGCCCCCAUCAGAACCAGACAGAGCACCUAAGGGUUCAGUAGUCCUCAGGCGCAGUAAAAGCUCUGUUGGAACUCCAAGUUCACCUCAGCAAGGCUCACUUCCUCGGUCUCACCGUACCAAGUUAAGCUCCACUCUACGGUCCAGUGAAUCAUUCAGUGGCCGAGAUACCAGCCCUAGGGAGAAAUUUCGACUGAGGCGUAGGGGUCUUAUGCAGGGCAGUGAUGGAGAGGAACCUGUAGGUGACGUAGACAGGGAGCCUGCUGCACUGUCCUGAGACCUACACCCCUGUAUACAUCACAUGGCUGUAUAUACUGAUAUUAUUUAUAUACUAAUAAAUUGAUAUGUACGCAUAUGAAUAUUUACAGACUGCACCUUAUUGUGUCUUGUUAUUAACAUUCGGAUGCACCUGAAUUUCCUUAAAGGGACAUCAAAACCAAUAUUUUUCUAUCAUGAUUCAGAUAGAGAAUACAAUAUUAAAAAAUGUUUCCAAUUUA